AUGAUCGGACAGGUUGCUUCUCCAAGAAUCGAAGAACCCGAAGAACCUUUAUAUGUUAAUGCUAAACAGUACCAUCGAAUCCUCAAAAGGAGAGCUGCUCGUGCAAACCUCGAGGCCCAGAACCGUUUAAUGCAGCGUGGUCGCAAGUUUAUGCACGAGUCGCGCCACUUGCACGCAAUGAGACGCCCACGUGGACCGGGUGGACGAUUUUUGACGGCCGCUGAGAUCGCAGCUCUGGAAGGGCGAGACACAAAGUCCAAUAGUUCAGGAAAAGGAUCAGGAGCUGCUCAAGACAAUAACAAUAACGCAAUUGACGACAAUAACAACACAGCCAACACCAAAAACAAUAAUAGCAACAGCUCUAAUCAUACCAGAAGUCUUAACAACAGUCACAAUAGUAAUAGUAAUGAGCCAGGCAAUCAUCAAACAUAUAAUAAUAAUAACAGUAGCGAGAGUGGUCAUGGAAACAGUGAUAUACGUUAUGCUACCGGACCGACUUCCUCUAAUAGGCAAACAGGCUCAUCCGAACCAGCAGGUGAGGGACAUCGACCAGCCAUGAGGCAAGAUGGCAUUCAGAUCACACACUCAUUUCACCCUUAA